AUGCUGUCAUCCUCAGAACGCAAAAGAAUUCGCGAGGUUCGCCGCUACUACAAAAGAUCUCCCGAUGAUCCGCCUAUCGCUGGUGAAAGCGCACCGGCCGAGAGUCCCGAGACAGUUCGGUCUGUAGAAAAGGCUAGUAGCCCCAAUAGUACACUAACUGCGUUGAUGCAAUUGAUCACGUGGCGUCUUGGUGCAUCAAGAGCGAUGGUAUCUGUUGUUGAUGAUAAUGCACAAUAUUUUCUCGCGGAAGCAACAAAAACACUGGAUUUAUCAGACUCUUCAAAACAUGAUCCAGGUGAUGAUUUAUGGAUGGGUUGUGGAGGAACUAUUCGUAGAGAAGCUUUGUGUGCGUACACUAUAGAAGUUAUCCCUGAACCAAAUCAUUAUGCCUGUUUCAGUGUUCCGGAUUUAUCGGCCGAUCCCAGGUUCUGUAAUCUGCCUUAUGUUGCAGGCGGACCGAAAUUUCGAUAUUAUGCAGGGACACCUUUAAUCAGUAACACCGGAAUACCAAUUGGAAGUGUCUUUGUCAUUGAUCCAAGGCCACGUGAGCGAGCCACGAGAGCGGAGGUCGAUUUCUUGGGAAUAAUGGCAAAAAACGUCAUGGAAUACCUUGAAAUGAAACGGGAAAGUGUGCAGUUGCGGCGGAACGAUGUGAUGUCCAAAGGAUUGGCCGCUCUAGUUGAGGGUCAAAGCAGGAUCCCGCGGCAGUUGCCGACAGAUAUGGUCGUCAAGUGCCAAGACGCCAACGGCUCUCAUUCGGAUGAAGCGAAAAUGGGUAAUACUAACUCAACAAGUAAUUUGGUUGCCUUUGACACAUCUUUAGUGACGGUCGCCGAGCAGUCGUUGAAAAAUAUAGUGGGCCCUCCACAAGCACUGGUUGGGGAAAACUUGCUACAUGAUAUCUCACCUAAUACAUCUAUAGAUCAAUUGGCAUUGGCUGAUGCCCCAGCGACCCAUGAUCGAAUACUCUCACGAGGUGCCAAUCUACUGAGAGAAUCUCUCGAUGUCGAUUAUACGAUUUUCUUCGAUAUGAGUAUUGGCUUUUCAACCAGUGUCGAAAAUGAAGAGAAUGGAGAUUUUAGAUCGCCUGAGGAUACAUUUUUAGAUGAUGCAAACAACUUCACCACAACACCCGCCUAUAUUCCCCAGGACAACGAUAUCGAUUUAUUGAAUAAAUCUGCCCAGCCUUUAUCACUUAACAGGCGAAGUAAUGAAGCAGGUUCUGCUAAAGUUAGAAGUUUUUCCACAUCAACUUGUUCGUCAUUGGAUGGAGAUACACUGUCUUGUACACUCUACAGAGCGCCAAAUGAAAAAGAUCUACAAAGACUUUCAAGAAGAUACCCUAAAGGUAAAGUAUGGACAUUCAGUGGCUAUGAUUCUGAAUCUUCAGAAGACGAUGACUCACCACCAUCUAAACAAAUGUUCGCUAUGCAGCUUCAUCAACAAAAUCAUCGAGUCAGAAAAUCUGAUCGCAGCAUAAUGAAGCAGUGCUUUCCAGAUGCUCGAGAGGUUCUCUUUGCUCCACUCUCUGAGGCAGGGACUGGAUUACCCAUAGUGGCAUGCUUUGCAGUAUCUCUACGGGACAUAGCGAUUUUCACCUCCGAUACUGAAAAGGCAUUUGUUCGUGGGUUUCUGAACAGUGUUUCUAUUGAGUAUAAUCGAAUAUCCAUUGCCGCUGCCGAUCGUCAAAAAGGAGAUUUCAUAUCAAGCAUAUCACAUGAAUUGAGAAGUCCACUCCACGGAAUUCUGGGAUCUGCCGAGCUUUUAAGCGAGACGAAUCUUGAUAAUGGUCAAUUUGAAUUCUGCUCGACAAUAGAAACAUGUGGACGAGUCCUUCAAGAAACUCUAAUGGAUGUUCUUGAAUAUUCCAAGCUAAACAAUUUGAUGAAACACAAAAGAGUUAGCGUGAAAACCCCAGGUACGAAUGGAAAUUCUUCCAAUUGCCAGCAAACAAACGGCGAAAGUCUCACGAGCGACGAUCUACUUUCUCAACCCCUAGAUCUUGCUAGAAUGUGUGAAGACUCAGUGGCAAUUGUUGCAGUUGCAUAUAUGCACCACAAAACGAAUUCGGAACAGCUUCUACACAGAGUAAUGCAACCUCCAGGAACGAUAGAAACGCAAGAGAAUAAAACCCUGUGCAAACCUAACUCUGUCACUGUAUCCUUGCACAUUUCCUUUGACCAUUGGCACUUCUUCUGCUCUCCGGGAUCUUUGCAGCGAAUCAUCAUGAAUUUGGUCGGUAACAGUCUCAAGUAUACAUCGGCCGGCUUUAUAGAUAUUUCUUUGGCUGUUGAAUCCCCCAAAGAUGACAAUGCCAAGAUAUCAAAGAGACCAAAUAUUGCUACUGAUGACUUAGUUGUACUUCGAAUCAGUGAUAGUGGUAAGGGUAUCUCUAGUGAGUUUUUGAAAAGCAAACUCUUUAUAGCCUUUUCUCAGGAGUCGUCGUUGGCACCGGGUACUGGACUUGGACUUCACAUCGUGUAUUCUCUCGUGCGGAUGUAUAACGGAACUAUCGAUGUUCAAAGUCAAAUCGGUCACGGAACAACUGUUACAGUCAAACUACCCCUGAAAAAAGCAGUAUCUAAUCUAACUUCUAUCAUACCCUCCGAUGCUCUUCUCAAGGACCAAGUCGAAGAAUUGAAAAGAUUGCUCAAACAAUCCAAAUAUUCCAAGUUCUCAACUCACGGUUUCCGGUCUGGCUCAUCUUGUCAUCUAAAGAAAUCCCUGCACGCCUAUCUUACUCAGUGGUUUGGUAUGAAUCAUGAACCUGACGAUGAUGCUGCUGAUAUUGCUUUUGUCACUGAAGAAAAAAUCGACUUGUUCCUUGCAGAGCUGACGAAAGAUGGUGCAUCCAAGCCCUCGCUUAUAAUAGUGGUACGAUAUGUUCCAAGUCACAGCCAUACAUCCCAACAGAGCUCGGCUAUUGGCAUACCCCUUGAAACUCUCACGAUACCGUUCGGUCCCUGGAAAUUGUUGAAAACAUUAUGCACCUGUCUAUCGCCUAAGCAGAUAUCACCAAAACCGUCUCCUGUUACCGAUCAUAAAUUCUUCUAUACCAGCCCUUUGCCCUCUCCGACCGCUGAUAUCCGAAAAGAACUUGGGACAACCGUCACCAAACCCGUAGUAGAGGAAGCACUUACUGAAAAGUCAAUCAAUGUCUCCCAAACUCUAUUAAAUCCAAGUCGGCCAACGAUUCUUUGCGUCGAUGAUAAUCCUAUCAACCUUCGCCUCCUCAGAGCGUACUUUCGCAAACUGAAUUUCGAUAUCACGUGCGCGGAAAAUGGAGCCGUAGCGUUCGAGAAAUAUCGACAUCAGCCCAAUGGUUUUGAUCUUGUAUUCAUGGAUAUCAGUAUGCCAAUAUGCGACGGCUACCAAUCUACACGACUGAUUCGAUCGCUCGAUAAACUUCAACAAAGUAUUAGUCCGACCCCAUUACCACCAACUCGUAUUGUGGCACUCUCCGCCGCGUAUUCAGAUGCAGAUAUGGAGAUAGCGAAGGCGGCGGGUGUUGAUGAUUUCUACACAAAGCCGAUGAAGGUUAGUAGAUUAGAAACGCUGAUGAGGGACUGGGGAUACCUGGGUUCAUAA